UCGGCACCCGUUGCUGUUGCCCGAACGGUGCCCGGGAAAAGCCAAAGUUUUCCAAAACGAGUUGCGCAGUUCGUCCACUCCCUAGCCUCGUUCCUGCUCCUGCGAAGGAAGGCUGCCUUGCUUCCGCGAAGCUGCGUAGAGAGUCUGGCCGGAGUCCUGGCCCAGCUCUGCUUCUUCCUGGACCUCCAGGAGGAUGUGUUCCCUAGCGCUCUUCCCACCCCCACCGCCUCCAGGAGACAUCACCCUUUAUGAAUUUAACAAUGCCCUGGUUUCUGGUCGCAGCUAUGAGAAGCUCCCACUUUCUUUUCAAGGACAGCUGGAGGACCUGCCUGUCUUGACCAUCCGCAAAGACAGCCUGAAAGCUCACAGCCGACUGGAACAUGCCUCCAAGCCGGCCUUCAUUCAUCAUUCUGAGUCUCUUUGGAAGAGGUGCAUCAAUGCUUGGCGUGAUGUUGGAGUGGCUGGAGUGCUUGAAGAGCUUGCAAAUGCAGAGGAGGAAGGAGACAUGGACCAGGGAAUGAAUGAGCAAUCUUUGGCGGACUCUAUGAAGGAGCUAGCCCUUCGGUGGAUGAAAACUGGAUCCCGUUAUACAUUAGCAUUUUGCUGUUGGCUUUCCUCUCUCCAUGGCUCCUUCUUUCCCCAUUUGUCGCUGCAAAGUGAAGACAUGAUAUCAAAGUUCUCCCAGGCCAUGGAUUGGGCAGGCUGCUCCAUCCGAGCCUUUGCCUGGCAUCCCCACACGAGCAAAUUUGCCGUGGCCCUGCUGGAUGACUCCAUUCGUGUUUACAAUUCAAACAGCGCCACAGUCCCAAUCCUGAAGCAUCGCUUGCAGAGGAACGUGGCGUCGCUAGCCUGGAAGCCGCUGUGCGCAUCCAUCCUUGCUGUGGCGUGCCACAGUUGUGUGUUGGUUUGGCAUCUGGACCCCACUUCCCUUUCCACCAGACCUUCGUCUGGCUGUGCCCAGGUGCUCAGCCACCCUGGCCACAGCCCCAUCACCAGUCUGGCCUGGGCUCCCAGCGGAGGAUUGCUCCUGUCGGCCUCGCCUGUUGACACUGCCAUGCUUGUGUGGGAUGUCUCCACAGAAAACUGCAUCCAGUUGCAGUGGUUAGGAGGAGGUGGGGUGACUUACCUAGCCUGGUCACCCGAUGGCAGCAAAGUGCUAGCAGCUACGCCUUCAGCAGUCUUCCGAGUAUGGGAGGUUCAAAUGUGGACUUGUGAGAAGUGGCCAACUAUCAAAGGCGCCUGCCAGACUGGCUGCUGGAGUCCAGACGGUAGCCGCUUGCUCUUCACAGUCCAAGGGGAAUCAGUGAUAUACUCCUUGUCCUUCUUGGAAUACAGUGGUGAACAGCAAGGGCAGGUCGGUGGAUCAAAAACGGCUUCCAUCGUGGCGGAUUUGUCGGAGACCACAUUCGAGACUCUGUAUGGGGAGGAAAGGAUUGGAGGGGAAGUACAGUCCAUGGUUUGGGACCCAAGUGGUGAGAGGCUUGCAGUUGUCAUCAGAGGAGGCCGUGAUGAAUCCAGCAGAAGGGCCAUCAUCGCCGUGUUUCGGACCCGCAACAGCCCUGUGUUUGAACUCUUGCCAUGUGGUUUCUUGCAGGGUGAAGAUGGUACACAGCCCCAGCUGGUGGCUUUCCACCCUUGCUUUCAGAAAGGGGCCCUCCUGACAGUGUGCUGGUCAACUGGAACCAUCAGCCACAUACCUUUCUUCUUCGUGACUGCCCAGUUCCCCUCUUUUAGCCCUGGGCAGAGUCCUCUUGUGCCCUUGGGCGGCAGAAGCAGUGCCCGGGACCAGCCACUCUUUUCAGAACUGUGAAGGUCAGCACGCACUGGGCUUGCCCUCAGAACGGCUCCGACUUCCCCGCCAGUUCUGCAUCCCAAAACCACCAGAGGUCUCGACUGACAGGGCAGUCCAACAUUUAGAAGAACAUCUUUUGUCAGAUGCAGCUUGGCAUGGAUCACAAGGCCUGCUGCCUACCUGUCCACAGGUAGUCUUCUGAGGAAUGCCUGCCAUCUGAGAGGGACAAUGUUGUGGUUAUGUCUGAGGCAGAAAAUAAGAGAGACAAAGGAUGAAUGCCUUAUUUCUGCCUGCUGUUUUUUCUUUUCCUGUGCCUGUUGAUGCAUUCUCAAAGCUUCUGCUUCUACAAACAGAACCAGUUUGGAGUUUUUUGUAAUCAAGAGCCACGUUUGUCAGAGGGCAAAGAAAGCCCAUUUCCACUUGCUGCCUGUUCUGGAACUUUCACAAACCACUGUGCCGCUCUGUAAAUUUCAUGCCGCUAGAAAUAGAAGCCUUGCCACUGUU